UAUUACAAAAUCGAUCGCUUAUGGUGAGUUGGGGACACACAAAAAAGAAAGAAAGAAAGAAACCUGAACGAGAAGCAGACUUGUUGAACGUUUGGUAAUCUCCAUUUUAACAUAACCCUUUCUACUCGCCGGAGUUGGAACACCUCCGUAUUUGCCGGCAUGGACGUGCCGAAACCCCGCCCCACACCAACUACGUCUCUAAGAGACGCCUCUGACUCCUCUACUGGUAGCUGGGACGCCAUCGAAUGGACCAAAAUUGAGCCAAUUCCGCGUUUCGCCUCUCACGCGAAUCUCGAUUUCUUGCUCGAGGAAGAGCAAGUUUUCGCCGAAGGACACGGUGUUGUUCUUGUUAAUACAGAUGAUGCAGGCGUGUUGAUCGUAACAAACUUUCGUGUAAUAUUUCUGAGUGAGGGAACUAGAAAAGUUAUUGCUCUUGGAACAAUACCACUAGCAACCAUUGAGAAGUUUAACAAGAUAGCUGUAAAGGUUCAGUCAAAUACUCGUCAAUUAGACAAGACACCAACACAAAGACUGCUCCAGGUGAUUGGAAAAGAUAUGAGAAUUAUAGUCUUUGGUUUUAGGCCUCGUACAAAACAGAGACGUGCGAUAUAUGAUGCACUACUUAAGUGUACGAAGCCAACAAUAUUAUGGGAUCUUUAUGCUUUUACAUCUGGGCCUUCCAGGUUUAAGAACACUUCUCCUUUGGUGCGCUUAUUGGAUGAGUAUUUGCGACUUAUUGGCAAAGAUACUCACCACGCUUCAAUGGACAUGAUUGAAAGUGGGUCUUUCACCUUGUCAAAUGACUUAUGGAGAAUAAGUAGUGUGAAUUCCAGUUAUACAAUGUGCCAGAGUUAUCCAUUUGCUUUGGUUGUUCCAAAGACCAUUAGUGAUGAUGAAGUGCUCCAGGCUUGCAAAUUCCGUGCUAGAUGCCGGCUGCCUGUAAUUUCAUGGUGUCAUCCUGAUACUGGCGCAGUUCUUGCACGUUCCGCCCAACCUUUAGUUGGUCUCAUGAUGAAUAUAAGGAGCAUCACGGAUGAAAAACUUGUGGCUGCACUUUGCAGCAACCUUGAUGGCUCAAGGAGAAAGCUAUAUAUUGCUGAUGCGAGACCAAGGAAAAAUGCAAUAGCUAAUGGAGCCUUGGGAGGUGGUUCAGAAUCAUCAUCAAACUAUUUUCAAUCUGAGAUAGUCUUUUUUGGAAUAGACAACAUCCAUGGAAUGAGAGAGAGCUUUGUUCGGCUUCGAGAGUACAUGGACAAUCAUGGCAGAACAUCAUCAGAUGGAAUGUCCUCAUUUUUGAGACAUGGUGGUGGGUCGAUAUGGGGUGGUGGCAAUUUAAGUAGUAUGUCUGCUUCGGUUACAACCCUUGGGGACAGUGGAUGGUUAUCGCAUGUUCAGAAUGUCUUGGCUGGUGGAGCUUGGAUUGCUUCUCGUGUUGCUAUGGAAAAGGCUUCUGUUCUUGUACAUUGCAGUGAUGGAUGGGAUAGGACAAGCCAGUUAAUUUCACUCGCUAAUUUGUUGCUUGAUCCGUAUUAUCGGACAUUCAGAGGGUUUCAGGCACUUGUUGAAAAAGACUGGUUAGCAUUUGGUCAUCCAUUUUCUGAUCGUGUGGGAACACCAUCUGUCUCUGGAAGUGGCAACGUAUCUUUCGAGUUAUCUAGGCAGUCUUCAACUGGCAUCGCAUCGCCACCCAUGCGCCAGUCAUCAGGAACAAUCCCACCUCAACCUUCAGUUUCAUCUCAGGCGCAUAACUCAAACAACCACUCUCCCAUUUUUUUGCAGUGGGUUGAUUGUGUGUCACAACUGCUGCGGAUGUAUCCUUUUGCUUUUGAAUUUUCUGCGGCUUUCCUGGUGGACUUCUUAGACUGCAUGUUUUCUUCUCGCUUUGGAAACUUCUUCUUUAAUAGUGAGAAGGAGAGGCUGCAGUGCAGUGUGUUUGAAACUUGUGGAUGUUUGUGGGCAUACUUGGCUGAUAUGCGGGCAUCAGAAGGAGGUUCUCAUGCGCAUUGUAAUCCCUUUUAUGAUCCACUGAAGUAUAGCAGUCCUCUUCUGCCCCCAGCAGCAGCGUUAGCCCCAACUUUAUGGCCCCAAUUCCACCUUCGUUGGGCCUGCCCAGAAGAAGCACAAAGUGGGGAGGUUGAAGCACAAUGUAGGAAGAUAAUUCUGAAAAACUUUGAGAUACAGAAGGCUAAAGAAGUGGCAGAAAGGAAAGCUCAAGAAACUACAAGUGCCAUGGAAUUGUUGAAUGCUGAAUUGCGACGUGAGAAGGUGUUAAACAUCUCAGCUACGAACAAAGCCAAGAGGAUAACCAAAGAGAAUACAGACAUAAAGCGUGCAAUUCAGUCAAUUGGGUGCAAGAUUCACUUUUCUAGUAGUGGUGAUUGCAUUGUUGACAUUGAAAACAACCCAGCGGAUGCAGUUCCAAACUUGCGUUGUUCCUCUAGGCAAGGGUCAAGUACUGCUGUGAUUAAUGACAAAACGGAUCUAUCUGUUUCUGUAACAGAAGACGACGACGAUGAUGGAAACAAUGUUAUUGGUCGAAUAUGUGAAACUCUAUGCCCAUUUCGCACUGGAGAUGGAGGCUGCAGAUGGCCAAAUGGUGGUUGUGCUCAACUAGGUAGUCAGUUUGUUGGGUUUAAGGCAAAUUUCGAUGCAUUUGACCGACUCUCGAUUGAUGACAGUUAUUUCAAGCCUUAGUAAACUGCAAAUUUUCUUCCUAAAUAGACCUCAAGGCCACAUCAACCAAUUUUGCUUUUCUUUCUGCAGUGGAAAUAGCAGUUAAUUCUUUUGAAUAAUGGGGAGAAAGGGUGGACCCUUGCAUUUUUAUUGGGUCUUCGAAAUUGUACAGGAUAUAAGAGUUGGGAUGAUUUGAAUCACGGUGAUCCUCAUUAUUAUAUUCAUGUAUAUAAUUGUAAAUUUAGGGACAACAAUAGUAGCCGAUCACAUUGGAAUCAUUCUUAAUAAGAUCAAUUUUGUAUAGAUGAUCAUGUUUUUCUAUUAAUAUUUUUGCUACAUCGUAAUGAAGACAAUCAAUCAUUGACAUGUACGUACAUUACUCUGCCAUUUCCACCUGUUCACAAUUUGGUUAAGGUUCACCUUAAUGCAUUAUUGUUAUUUGUGAA